CGUCGCGCCCGCGGGGAAGGCGGGAGCGAGAGCGGGCGCGGGCAGCGGCGCUCCUGGCUCUGUCCAAGGUCUCCUGGCAUCGGCUCUCCUCCCACCUGCGGCUCCAGCGCCAGAACAAUUCGUUUGUCCCUAGGAACGGAAUACGCUAAAAUCUGAAUUCUGUUUUGCAUUCGCAAGGUAGCGCACAGGACACGGGAGGAGUCUGCAUAUCACCGAAGACCAUGGCAGCACGCUGGAGAAGAAUCCUGCUAAUAUUUGUGGCAGCUCAAGUACUGUUUGUGGCAAAUGCCUUUGAGGAAGAGGACGUACCUGAAGAAUGGAUUCUUCUUCACGUUGUCCAAGGCCAGAUUGGAGCGGGCAACUACAGCUAUUUGAGACUAAACCACGAGGGAAAGAUCGUACUUCAGAUGCGGAGUUUAAAAGGCGACGCAGACUUGUAUGUAUCUGACAUCACGCUUCACCCCAGCUUUGACGAGUACGAGUUACAGUCUGUAACCUGCGGCCAAGAUGUUGUCCACGUUCCCGCACACUUCCGCCGGCCGGUGGGAAUAGGGAUUUACGGUCACCCCUCUCACCUGGAGAGCGAGUUUGAAAUGAAAGUGUACUACGAUCGAACAGUUGUGCAGUAUCCGUUUGGCGAGGCUUCCUACAACCCCGAGGAGACGGAGGCAAACCAGAAAUACUCACAGUCCACAGAAGAUGAAUCUCAGGAUGAGGAAUCUGUUUUCUGGACUAUACUUAUUGGAAUCUUGAAGUUAAUACUUGAAAUUCUUUUUUAAAUUGAUACACACUGGACUAAAUCA